UCCGACCCACAGAUGACAGAGAAGGAGUAUACCAUUGCUUGCGACCUAACUGGCUUAUCAGAGGCCGAGUUGGCGGCUGUACAGGAGCUGCUGGAGAGGACGGCUGAGGAGGCUGCAGAUGACGAAUCAUCGCUAUGUUGUUCGGAUCAUGGGCGCACUCCUCUGAUCUAUCAACCCUCAUUGACUCGUCGAAGGCACACUCUACCUGAUUGUAGCCAAGUAGCAUUGCCUAUCACAGGGACUAGGAGACCACCACCGAAGAUUGCCGACAGGAUUUUCGCAAAUGCUAUGAUAAGUUUGAAUGCCCAGCAUAGGGCGCUUUGGCGGCAAGCUGACAGGGAACUUGAGAAUACGCCUCCUGAAAAGGUUAAGACUGGAUCACCGAAUAGGAGGUUUUCGAUGCCCAACGUCCCAUUGAGGGGAGGAAGGCCCGACGCGGCAGUGAUACCAUUGAUUCCCAGUGGUAUCGUAUCGUCUUUGGGAUUGGAUAGUUUGGACGACGACUCUGUGAAUACUAAACAAGCAGUUACGUCAAGGAAAUGUGGAUUAGUGUCUACUUCGGAGAGUUCAACUCAGGGCUUCAAGUUCAGCUCAUUAGACGACUCGCUUGGGCCCUCAAUAUGGAAACCAAGAGUUGGUGAUGAUGAUAAUGUGCAAUGAGAUUCUUUCUACUCCUUCCUUUUUUCUACUCCAGGAUUUUCCGAUUAUACUAUUGAUCUUUUUCGGCAUUCCAGUCCUUGUACAUAGCCUGCCGCUGGCAUCAGUAUUUUUUCGCUAGUGGCUUAGUCCAUUAAUAAUAGAUCAUCCUGGUACAACCUAUGAUCAAACUACAUCAAGCACAGAGGACUUGGUUCCUUUUU